AUGUGCGAAAUUGGUGCCUCCGGCCGCGACAGUGAUAAUGGGGCAUUUGCAAGAUGCAAGUUUGGAAAAAUGUUCUACGAGCGGAAAUUGCCAAUCCCACCACCCAGAGACAUUUCUCAAAAUUUUAGAAAAGUUCCUUACGUUGUAGUUGCUGAUGAUGCAUUUCCCUUGCAAGAAAAUGUAAUGAAGCCGUACUCUCACCGGCAACUUAGUGAUGACGAACGAAUAUUUAAUUACAGGCUGAGUCGAGCUCGUAGGUUGGUGGAAAAUUCGUUUGGUAUAUUAGUGGCGCGUUGGAGAAUAUAUCGAUAUAUCCAUUGA